CGUCCGCAGUGAGUGUAAUAUAAUAGCAGGGAGAGCAGCCGGGAGUCUAGGAGGAGCCCCGGCAAGGUCGCGAGCAGCAUCCUGGUUAGAACAACAGAAAACUCAAGAGGUGGAGCGUUCUGGUUCCGAACAGCCGAAGGUUACCGGGAAGAUUUGGAUUUUCUGUCGCGGAAGAAGAAGUGGCGGCCACCCUGCGUCUCCUCAGGCAGCGUGUUCUUCCCUGUAACUAACAGGCAGUUCAUCGUUUGUCACACUUUAUUAUCCACUUUGGACGGCCAACACAGCUGCUACAUUUACACUCCGAGCCAUGUCGGAACCAUCCUCCGCGCCUUCUGCCCCCUCAGAGACUACCGCCUCAGAGUUUGAUCUCCUAGCCCCGGACCCCGGGCAGAGGCCGCUCGGUCCGACGCCCAGUCAGAGCCGCUUCCAGGUGGACCUUGUGUCCGAAGCCGCGGGCGCCUCUGAGGAGAAGUCCCCGAGCUCCGACGGCUCCGCUGUCGCACCAGAAGGCCCGUGCGGUGACCCAGCAGUGGCCAGCGUGGAGGAAGCCAAAGGCCGGUUCCGAGUUGUGAACUUCGCGGAUUCGAGCGGAGCGGGAAGCGCGGCCUCUCCCGAGGCGGCCCCAGAGGGGCUACAGAACGGGGACACGGUGAUGAGCGAGACCAGCCUGCACUCAUCUACGGGCGGCCAGCAUCACUAUCACUAUGACACCCACACCAACACUUAUUACCUGAGGACAUUUGGACACAACACCAUUGAUGCCGUGCCCAAGAUAGAUUUCUACCGGCAGACGGCGGCUCCGCUCGGGGAGAAACUCGUCAGACCCACCCUGUCGGAGCUCCACGAUGAGCUGGACAAGGAGCCGUUUGAGGAUGGCUUUGCUAACGGAGAUGAGCUGACACCGGCUGAGGAGGCUGCUGCAAAAGAAGCUGCCGAGCCCAAAGGAGUGGUCAAAUUUGGCUGGAUUAAGGGGGUGCUGGUCCGCUGCAUGUUGAACAUCUGGGGAGUGAUGCUCUUUAUCCGUAUGACAUGGAUUGUUGGCCAGGCUGGAAUUGUUCUUGCCUGUGUGAUUGUCUGCAUGGCCACCAUUGUGACGACCAUCACUGGCCUCUCCACCUCUGCUAUAGCUACCAAUGGAUUUGUUCGAGGAGGGGGAGCAUAUUACUUAAUUUCGAGGAGUUUGGGACCAGAAUUUGGUGGUUCCAUCGGUCUGAUCUUCGCUUUUGCCAAUGCAGUGGCUGUAGCCAUGUAUGUGGUGGGGUUUGCUGAGACUGUUGUGGAACUUCUAAAUGGUGUGGGUGCCGUCAUGACAGAUGAAAUCAACGAUAUCCGAAUCAUUGGCACCAUCACAGUAAUUGUCCUCUUGGGCAUCUCUGUGGCAGGAAUGGAAUGGGAGGCCAAGGCCCAGAUCUUCUUGCUUGUUGUUUUGAUCACAGCCAUCAUAAACUACUUUAUUGGAUCUUUUAUUUCUGUGAAAUCAAAAGAAUCAUUUGGCUUCUUUGGCUAUGAUGGUAAAAUAAUGUGGGAAAACAUGGGACCAGACUUCAGGAAUGGAGAGACAUUCUUCUCUGUGUUUGCCAUCUUCUUCCCUGCAGCCACUGGUAUUCUGGCUGGCGCCAACAUUUCAGGAGACCUUGCUGACCCACAGAUGGCCAUUCCCAAAGGAACGCUGCUGGCCAUCUUGAUCACAGGAAUUGUAUACUUGGGGGUUGCUAUUUCAACAGGAUCCUGUAUUGUGAGAGAUGCCAGUGGAAAAGUUAACGACACAGUCAGUUCUCAUUUCAUGACGAACUGCACUGAGGCUUCCUGCCAUUUUGGCUUUGACUUUUCUGCCUGUAGGAAUGGUUCAGCUACCUGCAACCAUGGACUCCAUAACGACUACCAGGUGAUGAGCUUGGUUUCAGGUUUUUCACCGAUCAUCUCCGCUGGAAUCUUCUCUGCCACUCUGUCCUCUGCUCUGGCCUCUUUAGUCAGUGCUCCUAAAGUUUUCCAGGCUUUAUGUAAGGACAACAUCUACCCUUACAUAGGAAUAUUUGCUAAGGGCUACGGCAAGAACAAUGAACCCAUUCGAGGCUACAUCCUGACCUUUGGAAUUGCUCUAGUCUUCAUCCUCAUCGCUGAGUUGAACACAAUUGCGCCCAUCAUCUCCAACUUUUUCCUGGCAUCCUAUGCCUUAAUCAAUUUCUCAGUGUUCCAUGCAUCACUGGCUAACUCUCCAGGCUGGCGACCCAGUUUUAAAUACUACAACAUGUGGGUUUCCCUGGCUGGUGCCAUACUGUGCUGUGUGGUGAUGUUUGUCAUCAACUGGGCGGCUGCUCUCCUCACUAAUGUCAUUGUUAUGGCUCUCUAUAUCUAUGUGAGUCACAAGAAGCCAGAUGUAAAUUGGGGCUCGUCGACCCAAGCUCUGACCUACCAGCAAGCCCUGACCCACACUCUGCACCUCAGCGGAGUAGAAGACCACAUCAAGAACUUCAGACCCCAGUGUUUGGUGAUGACUGGCUACCCUAACUCACGUCCUGCGCUUGUGGAUCUGGUUCACGCUUUCACCAAGAACGUAGGACUGAUGAUCUGUGGUCAUGUUCGAACGGGUUACAGAAAGCCAAACUUCAAAGACCUCGCCACAGACCAGUCCCGGUACCAGCGCUGGCUGAUGAAGAAUGAGUCCAAGGCCUUCUACACCCCAGUGUUUGCUGAGGACCUGAGAGAGGGCGCUCAGUUCCUGCUCCAGGCUGCUGGUCUGGGUCGCCUCCGGCCUAAUACCCUGGUGCUGGGCUUCAAGAACGACUGGAGAGAUGGUGACAUGAUGAACGUGGAGACUUAUAUUAGUAUGAUCCAUGAUGCCUUUGACUUCCAGUAUGGUGCUGUUGUUCUGCGACUGAAAGAGGGCCUGGAUAUAUCUCAUAUCCAAGGACAAGAUGAGCUGUUAUCCUCCCAGGAGAAGUCUUCUGGAACAAAGGACGUGAUUGUUUCCAUCGACACCAGUAAAGACUCUGAUGCUGACUCAUCUAAACCGUCUUCCAAGGCCACCAGCCUCCAGAACAGUCCAGCUGUACAGAAAGAUGACGACGACGAUGGCAAAGCUACAACUCAGCCGUUGUUGAAAAAAGACAAGAAGAGUCCGUCUCUGCCUUUGAAUGUGACUGACCAGAGGCUGCUGGAGGCCAGCCAGCAGUUCCAGAAGAAGCAGGGGAAAGGCACUGUGGAUGUUUGGUGGCUGUUUGAUGACGGAGGUUUGACCCUGUUGAUCCCUUACCUACUGACCAACAAGAAGAGAUGGAAGGAGUGCAAGAUCCGUGUUUUCAUUGGAGGAAAGAUCAAUAGGAUUGAUCACGACCGCCGGGCGAUGGCAACUCUGCUCAGCAAGUUCAGGAUAGACUUCUCAGACAUCACUGUACUGGGAGACAUCAACACCAAGCCUAAAAAGGAGCACGUGGCGGCCUUUGAGGAGAUGGUUGAGCCAUAUCGGCUGAAGGAAGACAACUUGGAGCUAGAGGCAGCUGAGCGGCUGAAAAACAGCGAACCGUGGAGGAUCACAGACAACGAGCUGGAGCUGUAUCGUGCCAAGACCAGUCGCCAGAUCAGACUGAACGAGCUGCUGCAGGAGCAUUCAAGCACAGCCAACCUCAUCGUCAUGAGCCUGCCGUUAGCCAGGAAGGGUGCCGUGUCCAGCGCUCUCUACAUGGCCUGGCUGGAGGUGUUGUCCAAGGACCUGCCCCCCAUCAUCCUGGUGCGCGGCAACCACCAGAGCGUCCUCACCUUCUACUCCUAAGCUCUCAGCACAGGGACGGAGCCCCAUGUUUUUUGAGUCUCACACCCACCGCUGCCUCUGGACGCAGAGCCCCUCACCAAUCCCAGUUCCUAUCCAAAUUAAAAGGUGCACCACACACACUCCAGAGACAGUAGAAACCAGCCACUGGUGUGCUGUCAGUACAUACGAAGGAAGUGAGAGUGGUUGAAAUGAAGAAGCUCUACAUGUGUUGGAGGAAUGUCAGGGUUAGGGUGGGAGCUGACUGUACGAUUGUCCACUCAGCUCCCUUCUUCUUUUUUUUUUAAAUCCACAAGGUUUUUCUUUUAGUAGCUCAAGUUUUUCUAGUUUUCUUAAAUAAAAUGGUCAUUUUUGUUCAAACUGAUGUGUCUCAGGCUCUGAAGCAGGCGUAAACAAUUAACUCUGUUGUUCUGACAUGAAAACGUUCAGUUCUUCAGACCAGUCGUCAUGUUUGUUGAAGCAAUAAUCACCUUGUUUAUUUUUUUUAUUUUUAAUUUUUUUUAACCAUUGUAGGGAACCUUGCAGAACGCUUUGCAACACCUUCUAAAGCCUUACGGAUGUGCCUUCUAGUUGGAUCCGAUGAAAUAAUUAUAAUCUCGAACUAGAUUGAUAUUAUUACCUAUUAUAUUGGUGGAUUCCUUUUAAAGAGCUUUUCUUGUUGGCUCCAUUUUAGUUGGAUAAUGUGGGAGUGGAUGGCAGGAGUUUAACGAAGGGUGUCCACUUUGGUUGCAUGAACACGUAGUCAUUUCUUGAUAUGUUUCUGUAAUCUGCGGGUUUAUUUCGGGUAAUAGCUUUGUUUUUGUUUAUUCACUUUUGGUCUUCCUUUAUAGAGCUGUUGAAUCUUUUAAAUAGCCUCAGUUACACAAUUUACCUUUUUAGGCUCAGUGCCUGGAAGAGAUUGUAUGUAGAUUGUAGAAAGUUGUUGUAAUGAUGUAAAUGCUUCAUUAGCCUUGUCAGGAUCGAACGAUUAUUUCAUGUAGCUGCUGAUUUACUAAGUUAAGUGUUCCUUUUAGCAAUGUUUCUGUCCACAUGAACGGUUCUUCCCUUCCUCAGAAGCUAUUUAAAACCCUGCCUUAAUGAUACUAACGAUUGUUUUCCGUUCCCGUAAGCCACGCCGGCCGUGUGGUUUGGUAAACGGAGAUGCCGAGCUUUUGUCGCGUCCCAGGUUUCAGCACACAUCAGCUGUACGUGCGCGAUCCUUUUCUUUGCCACCGUAGUUUUGUUGGAGUUGUCGCUGCGCGCUGCUGGUGACGUGUGUGUUGCGCUCGUGUCGGCCCCAAAAAGCCCGGUUUUGUGUAAAGUCCUCAUGCAUGAAGAUUCAGAUUGUGUCUCAGCUGAGGGAAUUUUUACCUCUAUGCAUAAUGAGCUGCGAAGACGUAUAGUCCAGCUUUUCUAGUAGCGUUGGAGGGGGAACCUUAGACGUGUCUGCAGCCUUUGUUCGGGCGUCAUGGCUCCACUAAAAGCCAUAAACAGGUCCAGAUUGAAAGUAGAACUUGCGGUGUUGUUCGGAGCGGUAUAGUUACGUUCUCUCCAAAGGCGUGUACAGAGUGAGCGCACACAACUGGAGACACAUCCACACCUGUUGCUUAUACAAUCAUUAAAGGUGUAUAACAAACACAUUGUUGUCGAAACACUUCUGUGGAUAAAUGGGAGGAAAACUCUCCAAAAUACCUUCAGGUUGGCUUUAAUCUUACCGGAACUAAAGCUCAGUUUUAAGUGCAUUACUCUCAAAAUAAUCGACUCUAUCUUGGUUUUCAGAUCACGUGAUUCGCUGCAGGAUAUUGUAUUCAGAAGUUGGAUUGUUGACAGUUAAUUGUCAGAAUAAAAGCUCUGUUUUGGCUUCUGGGCAUUAUGAUUUGAGAUGAGAAACCGCUGCAAAACAAAGAGUUAGAAAAAUAGUUUUGUUUCCCCCCCAGCGACGAGCAGGGUAAGCCUUCACUUUACUUCCAUCUAAUCUGUCCAUGACGGUAUGCAACUUCUUUACAAUGUCUCAUGAGGUUAGCUGAAUGUACUGUAUCGUAAAAACACUAACGCUUCAAGUUCAAGACGGUUUCUUUUUUUUUUUUUUUUUUUGGUUUUUAUUCUCCACAUGGACUGCAAUAAGCACAGAGCAGUGGAACGUGUGCCCGCCUCAUCGAGUCUCACCUGAACCAUUCACACGGAGAGGAUGUAGACCAAACUGGGGUGAAAGUAGAUCUCUUUUUUAAGCUUGAAGGCACAAGUUAGUCCCAGACAAAUUUACAGCACAAUUUCCUCCCAACGCUCUACUAGUUUGUGUAGAAGACCCGAUGUACCGUUAACACCCCCACACGGCUGAACAUGUGGGGUGAGGACCUUUUCAAUGUGAUGAAACGACGCAGAUUGAUCUGAUUGGAAAAGGUAGUAUCUCACUGGGCUGCGACUCAUGCUAACAAGUAAGAGAACAGCAUUCGCAAAGACGUCUGGUAGUUUACUGGGGGUCUCGGUUUCCUCACAGAAACCACAGAAACGUGUCGUUUUGCCAUUUUAGUUUUGAACUUAUUAAAAACACCAAGUUUUCUCUUAAAAAACUUGUGGGGCUCUCCAACCUGUAUCGAACACGAGUUUUACUUUGACUGAAAACAUGUCCAGGCCUAAAAACUGCAUCAGUGAUCAAUAAUCUUUAAUAAAAAUCAGGUCUGUUUAUGAUUCUCUUUAUUUCUAAAGCAUACCCCAGUACAAUAAAUCAUAAACAUGAGGUGGAUAGAAAAUAUUUUCCACAGACUGAACUUUGUUGCUCCCAAGCUAACAGUGUAAACAGCAGCUGGCUGAAGCACACUGACAUCUGAGAGUCAGUGAAACCAAACGACAGCUUUUAAUCACUUAUAACUAAAGUUCUCUGUUUCUAAUGUGGCGACGAUACAGAAUAAAAUAUCACUUUUAAAUCUAUUUUAAAUACUUGGUGUUUCAGGACCUGCAGUAGAUUCUCUGUCCCAACUCUGUGGGAACGGCCUAGAACACUGGUUCCUAAAGUUGGGGUUGUGACUCAAAUGUGGGUCAUGAAGUUAGGGUCCUCGGAUAAUUUCCAAAAAUCAGAUUAAAGGUGUAAAAAAAGGAUUGGCAAUGUAAUAUUUUUCCUAUGAUUAUCAAAAAAAAUAACUGUAAACCAAUAAAUAUUGUUGUAAAAGUUGUUUGGCUUGUCAAUGAGCUCUAAUAGGGUUGUUAAAGAUUCGAUGCCAGUAAUGUUUGGGCCACGAGCCAUAGUUUUGGGUCAGAAGGUGAAAAGUUUGGAAAGCACCGGCCUAGAAUACAGUUUCACAAGCCUCUGACUCCAAAUUCAGUAAAACUGACUUUUUCUGUGCAGAUUUCUUCAGCAGGUCUCUAACAGCCCAGUGAGAUACUCCAGUCAGACACGUUAAACUCUCCUCACAGAACAAGCCCACCUGUUUCUGCAGACUGUAAAAUGUUUGAUUAUUUGCAUAUUAACUGCUUAAAACUAUUGUACUGCCUACUUCUCUUCAGACUUCACUUGAAUAUAAGGGAGCUAGGACGGAAAAGAUGUGGAGCUUUUGUGCCCCAAAGCAAGUAAAAGCCUGAUUCUCUGAUCAUUGUCACACUGUAAACCUUUACUGUUACAGAACAUCACAAACACAACUUAUUCUAUAUUUGUAAAUGAAAGAAAACUAUAUAUAGCUCUAUACACUUGUAUAUCUAUCAAUCUGACUUGUAGGACGUCUUUGUCUUUGUUGCAUUGAAUAAACUGAACAUACUCGUACGGACAUUUUACAGCCAAGUAGUGUUUGUCUUUGUUGACUUCUUCAUUUGUCUUUUAUGAACUAAUUCUAGUAAUUUCAUUCCACAAAUCAGAAAUCAUCUGUACACGUGUCAGAACUGAGGCAUUAAUGCUGCUUUUCUUUUUGCCAAAUGCCCCCCCCCCCACUCCCCAUCAUUUUAAAUCUGUUAUCUGUCGAGCCAAAGUGAUAAAUGGUCAUUCUUAAAAAAUGUGAACAAAAAUAAAAUAUAAAAAACACACUCUGGUCCCAAGCUCUUAGGUUGAGCUCUUUUCCACAACAUAAACUAACAUGUAAAUAAACUUUGUAGUGUAGGAGAGUGGAUUAAUUAUGUCAGUUUUCAUUAUGAAGAAAUAUUUAUUUUAGCUCAUGAAUUGAUGUGCUUUAUUCUUAGUAUUUUUUUAUUAUUAUUAUUGGUUUUGCUGUAAGUUAAUUUGCAUGUUGGUGUUUUUUUCUGUUAUUCUGUUGCCUUUUAAUUUGAGCAGAUUUUCUUUYUUUUUUUUUUUUUUUUUUUUUUUUUUUUUUUGACACUAAAUUUCUGUCUUUUCUAAGCCUUUUGGAGAGAAAGACAUGAAGUCGAGCAGUUUAAAGCAGCUUUCUUCUGCUUGCACACAAAUGUGAACGGAAUCAAUCCAGCUGGAGAAACGGUGACGUUUUGAUACACUGCACUGUUAACAGUUACAGAAAUGCUUUUUUCUAACAUUUUAACAGUUAUGAGUACCAGUACUUUGUAUAUCUUUAUUGCAAUAAAUCAAUCAAAUAAAAUCUGUUGUUUUCAGA